AUGGUGUUAAGGAGGAUCAGGGCCAGUUCCAAGCACUGGCCUAGCCUGAGAAGCAGGGUUGGCCAUAUAGACCCCCUAGGCAUGCUCAGAGCUUCCCUGCUGCUCAUCAACAUGACUUGGGGGGCCCAAGGGACAGCCAGUGCUAACCUCAGCAGAGCUCUGGGCCACACUAUGCCACUGACAGGAGGCCGCUACUUGAGCAUUGGGGAUGGCUCUGUGAUGGAGUUUGAGUUUCCUGAAGAGAGUGAGGGCAUCAUCGUGAUCUCAAGCCAGUACCCAAUCCAGGCCAAUGGGAUGGGCCCUGGCCCCACACUGAGAGUCACAUCCCUAGACACAGAGGUGCUGGCCAUCAAGAAUGUGAGUGCCAUAACAUGGGGUGGUGGGCGUGGCUUUGUGGUAAGCAUCCACUCAGGCCUGCCUGGGUUGGCCCCACUCCACAUCCAGCUCAUGGACCCCCACAAGGCCCCACCCAAGCUGAUUGAGGAGCGGAGAGAUUUCUGCAUCAAGGUCUCACCUGCUGAAGACACCUCUGCAACACUCAGCACCAACCUGGCCCACUUUUCAGAGAACCCAAUACUCUACCUGCUCCUGCCUCUUAUCUUUGUCAACAAGUGUUCAUUUGGGUGCAAAGUGGAAUUCGAAGUUCUGAAGGGACUUGUGCAGAGCCCCCAGCCCAUGCUGCUGGGCCUCCUAGGCCAGUUUCUGGUCAUGCCCUUCUAUGCUUUCCUGAUGGCCAAGGUCUUCAUGCUGCCCAAAGCCUUGGCUCUGGGCCUCAUCAUCACCUGCUCAUCACCUGGGGGCGGUGGGAGCUACCUCUACAGCCUCCUUCUUGGAGGGGAUGUUACCCUGGCAAUCUCCAUGACUUUUAUCUCAACAGUGGCUGCCACCGGUUUCCUACCACUAUCCUCAGCGAUCUAUAGCCGUCUGCUCAGCAUCCAUGAAACACUCCAUGUGCCCAUCUCCAAGAUCCUGGGGACCCUGCUAUUCAUCGCCAUCCCCAUAGCAGCGGGUGUUUUGAUCAAGUCCAAGCUCCCCAAGUUCUCCCAGCUGCUGCUUCAGGUCAUCAAGCCCUUCAGCUUUGUGCUCCUCUUGGGUGGCCUUUUCCUGGCCUACCGCAUGGGAGUCUUCAUCCUGGCAGGUGUCAGGCUACCCAUUGUACUGGUGGGCCUCACAGUGCCCUUGGUUGGCCUCUUGGUGGGCUACUGUCUGGCCACAUGCCUGAAACUGCCAGUGGCCCAGCGGCGGACAGUCAGCAUUGAGGUAGGGGUGCAAAACAGUCUGAUGGCCUUGGCCAUGCUCCAGCUGUCCCUCCGCCGCCUCCAAGCUGACUAUGCCUCCCAGGCCCCCUUCAUUGUGGCACUGAGUGGCACCUCUGAGAUGCUGGCCUUGGUCAUUGGCCACUUCAUCUAUAGUAGCCUGUUUCCAGUUCCUUGACAACUCUGGGUCAAGAUUGCAUCAUCCCCCAGCCCCCACACUCCACCCACUGUCCCCACAGUUCUUGUGUACCAAAGGCCUUUAGUUCUCAUGCACUAUGCACUCAGAAAAAAUCCAAGCUUAUUUUUUUUACUGAUUUUUUAUUCUCCAGCUUUCAGUGCCAAAGAGGCCAUGCUGAGUUAAGUAGGUGGGCACUGCCCAGAAAAUAUAUUUCAA